AUGGAGGGGCAGUUAUUGGCCCAGACUUUACGUUCUAGGAGACUGGAUUGGUCGUUGAUCACGACUUUGAUAGAGCGGUGGCAACCAGAAACGCACACAUUCCAUUUGCCCAUUGGCGAGACCACUAUCACGCUGCAGGACGUGGAGGUUCUGUAUGGGCUGCCGGUUGAUGGACUUCCUGUUGCUUUGCCGCAUGCCAUGAGAGAUUAUACGGGAGAACAGUACCUGGAGACGUUGCAGCGGCUCACCGAUUUUCGGCCAGAGGAUGAGGGUGCAUUGGUUGGGGCUAGUCGUCUUGCGUUAACGCCCGUCCGACUGCAUUUGGAGGCCAUGCAUGCUGACAUUACUCAUGAUACACCGGAUCUUCAUAUUAACCGGUACACGAGGUUGUUACUGCUGCUUAUGUUUGGAGGCGUAUUGUUCCCGAACACUUUGGGAAACCUAGUCAGUUUGAAAUUUCUUCAUCAUCUUGAGUGGCUAGAUGAUUUACAUCAGUACAGCUGGGGUGCUGUUGUUCUUGGUUACUUGUACAGGCAGAUGUGCCAGGCAUGCAUAGGCACCCAGCGAGACGUUGCAGUAUUUAUGCCAUUGCUGCAGGUUUGGGCCUGGGAGCGAUUCCUGCAGUUUCAACCACCUCUACCACCCAUAGCUCAGGAUGAACCACCUACACCGUUUCUCCCUUUAGCUAGGAGGUGGGUUGAUAGGCGGGGAUACGGACGCGAGUACGAGGCUCGACAUAAUCUCCCUAUUGCAGCGAUUUGUUGGAUUUGCUGGAGGCCGCGCAGAUAA